AUGGGGAAGAGGGCGUCAAUCACGGGCAGGUGCAGGUGCAGUCUGUGCGAUGUUUUGUUCGCUCAGAGGAGCGAGAUGAGCAGCGGCAGCGGCGGCGGAAAGCGGCGGUCCCGCAGCUCUGGCAGAGAGGACGCGGGCUGUGGGAGCUCAAAGCGCAUAGCCUUUCCGUCCAGUUAUCUAGAAUGGGACGUGGACGAUGUCUGCAGAUUCCUGCGGGAACAAGGCUUGGGAGAGUUCGAGGAGUUGUUCAGAGAUGCAGAAAUAUCCGGCGCUACCCUGGCACAUCUAACGAUGAAUAAAUUGGAAAGCAUGGGCGUGAGCCUACCGGGAAAUCAAAGAAAACUUUACAUCUCCAUCCUCAACCUCUUGGAGAGAUUUAUUGAGAUAAAGGUGUUCAACGACCCGAUCCACGGCCACAUUGAGAUGCACCCACUGCUGGUCCACAUCAUAGACACGCUGCAGUUCCAGCGUCUCCGCUUCAUUAAGCAGCUCGGGGGGACGUACUUUGUGUAUCCCGGAGCCUCCCACAACAGAUUCGAGCACUCCAUCGGUGUGGCUCAUCUGGCAGGAGAACUGGUGAAAGUCCUGGCUAGGCGCCAACCGGAACUUCAGGUUGACGAUCGGGACAUCCUGUGUGUUCAGAUCGCUGGACUCUGCCAUGAUCUAGGUCAUGGACCAUUUUCACACUUGUUUGAUAGACACUUUAUCUCCAAAACACGGCAAGAUGUGAAAUGGAAGCACGAGAUGGCUUCUAUUAUGAUGUUUGAUCACAUGAUUUCCUCUAAUAAUUUGGACUUGCGAAACUAUGGUCUGGUGGUGCCAGGUGAUGUGGACUUUAUAAAGGAACUGAUCAAUGGUCCAGAAGGAGGCGAAGCUUCUGAGGGCUCAGAGUGGCCGUACAAGGGUCGUCCUAAGGAGAAAAGCUUUCUGUAUGAAAUCGUUGCCAAUAAGCGAACUGGGAUUGAUGUCGAUAAGUGGGAUUACUUUGUCAGGGACAGUUACCAUCUUGGAAUCCCGAACAACUUUGACUAUCAACGCAUCCUGAAGUAUGCUCGAGUCUGUGAAGUCGACAAUAUGAAGGUCAUAUGCUUUCGAGAUAAGGUAGCUGGUGACUUGUACAACAUGUUUUACACACGUAAUGCCUUGCAUCGCAGGGCCUAUCAGCACAGAGUGGUCAAAAUCAUUGAGAGCAUGAUCACAGAAGCAAUGGUGUUGGCAGAUCCACACAUCCUGAUCAGCGGCUCGGGUGGGAGGCAGUAUAGAAUGUCAACAGCCAUUGAUGACAUGGAGGCUUACACCAAACUCACAGACAGUAUCUUUGAACAGAUUCUGAAUUCCUCUCAACCUGAGCUGGAAGAGGCACGGACAAUCCUGAACAACAUCAGAAACCGCAGAUUGUACAGAUGUAUUGGGCAGGCACAGGCUGAAGACGGGCAGACACAGGCUGAAGAAGGGCCGGCACAGGCUGAACAAAGGAAAACUACUAAAAAGGAGAAGAUUGCUAAGCUGAAGACUAAAUUGGUUGAAGCUGUUGUCUCAGAACAAGUGGACGUUAAGCUUGAGGCAAAAGAUCUCAUUGUAAAUGUUAUUCCAAUGAACUACGGGAUGCAAGAGAAAAACCCCAUUAAUAAUGUUCGAUUCUACCGCAAGAAUAACCCUGACAAGGCCUUCAAAAUCAGAAGAGAGCAGGUAUCUCAGAUGCUACCAGAGAAGUUUUUAGAACUGCUAAUCCAAGUGUUCUGCAAGAAGACCGACAAGAAGACUGUGGAAGCUGCAAAGGGACGGUUUUUUGAAUGGUGUCGCACCAUGAAGUUUUCCAAUCCAUGGGAUCAUGAUGAUAUUGACCCUGCGCCAAUGUAGGUACUAGCCCAGGAGUGACGUUCAAUCACAUCGUCAGGCGUGGAGCGAUUUAAGCUGUUUAAGUAGAAAGAGAAUGUUGUAGCUCUUCAAGUAGGAAAGGUGGGGAAUUUCCUGUGC